AUGGACGCAGCGUCUUAUGCCAGCCAAGUGGCGCAACUGCUUUCAGACGACGACGAGGAUGACGGGGAGAUGGAGGAGGAUAUCGGAUACGACGACAGAAGAGCAGGAGCAGGAGCAGGAACAGGAGCAGGAGCAGGAGCAGGAGCAGGAGCAGGAGCAGGAGCAGGAGCAGGAGCAGGAGCAGGAGCAGGAGCAGGGGGAGGGAUGGCCACAGCAAACCAGCCGAGGUAUGAAGCUAUUAUCACCAAAGCAGGGCUAUCCAAUCACAACAAGAUGGGAGGGUUUGCGUUCGCCAGGGAGGAAGACUCAACGGAGACGUACCUGAACCUCACCCUCUACCUCCUCCCCCUCAAGGCGGCUGCCCCUCGUUCCUGCCGUAUCGGAGGCUUCAGUGACGUCUUGCGCUGGCUGAUCGGCAAGAAAGUUUCUUAUUCGAAGAGACUCAACAAUGCCGGACGGUUGGAAGGCAUCGACCUUCACUUCCCACAGCUGGGGGUCAGCGCAGACGACGCGCGGGAAGCAGCGAUAGCUGAGAAGAUGGCAAGAAAGGCGAGCGAGGGGAGGAUGGAGCAGGAGGCGGAGAGGACGAAGAAUGGGAUACAUCCCUGCCUCCUGUCCUCCUCCUGCAUCUGGCUAGUUCAGCACGGGAAGUACCUCUGCAAGAUGAGGUGUGGAGGGUCGGAGGAGGCGGAGGAGGCGAGCGGGAGGAGGAGCAUGAAGAUUAACAUACAGUACCUUGCGCAUGAGAUAGACUUGGGCAGUCAGGUGGAGCGGCUGAAGUUGUUGGAGUGGACGACGCUGGUGCCGGCGGCAGGGAGCAACAACGAUCUCCUAGCGGCCAUGCUCGCGCAUCUUGCCAGGGAGAAGAUGCUGGCUGUUGGGAGGAUGGUGAGGGAGGAAGAGGAGGGGGAGGAGGGAGGAGGAGGAUGGAGGGGAAAGGACAGGCACGUUCUCGUGUUUGUGAAGGAGAGUCUGAUCUUGAAGAGGGUGGAGGAGCUGCAGACUAUGAUAACCGACCUGCCUUGUGGGGGGCUGAUAGUGGCGAGAAUGGUGGAUGAGCAGUAA